AUGCACGCCCCUAUUGUCCAAGAAGCAGGAGAUAUUAACAGGUCUUCUAAAACGUUUCUGGUUGGUAACACCAAGUUUACCGUGCCUGCCCACUAUGAGCUCGUGCGACCUCUAGGGCAAGGCGCGUACGGCCUUGUCGUCGCUGCGCGGGAUACUCGCAACGGUGCUGGUGUCGCUAUCAAAAAAAUCAGUCGGGUGUUUGCGCACGUUACAGACUCGAGACGGACGCUGCGAGAAAUCAAGUUAUUGCGUCACUUCCACCACGAGAACAUCAUCGACCUGUUGGACUUGUUCACGGAACCAGGUGCGACAGCCGCGACUUUUGACGACGUGUAUCUGGUUAGUACGCUUCUCGACACGGACUUGCACCAGAUCAUUGCCUCUGGACAGAAACUGACCGAUGAUCAUUUUCAGUAUUUUAUUUACCAGGUUCUACGCGGUCUGAAGUAUAUCCACUCAGCGAACGUGCUCCAUCGCGACUUGAAACCGAGCAACCUCUUGGUGCGUGCAAACUGCGACCUCGUGAUUGCCGACUUUGGUCUCGCGCGCGCUGCACAGCCGCGUGUCGACGACACGAGUCAUCAGAUGCUGCUCACCGAGUAUGUCGCUACCCGGUGGUACCGUGCACCAGAGAUCAUGCUAUCGUGGCGACACUACACUUCAGCGGUGGACAUUUGGUCUGUGGGAUGUAUCUUCGCCGAGCUUCUGGGUCGCAGGCCGAUUUUCCCAGGUCGCGACUAUCUCCACCAACUGCAGUUAAUUACGCAGGUACUCGGGACGCCCAGCGAGGCCGAUCUCAUGGAAAUCGCCAGCGAACGGGCGAAGCGUUUUAUGCGCUCGCUACCCGUUCGAACACCGCUGAAGUGGAAGGAUUUGUUUCCGAGGUGUGAGAAUCCACUGGCCCUUGAUCUUUUAUCGCGUAUGUUGUGCUUUUCGCCGGAUCAACGGAUUACGGUGGAGGAGGCGCUUGCGCAUCCCUAUUUGGAAAAGUGCGCCGAUGUCAACGAUGAGCCUGUAUGUGAUCGUCCCUUUGACUUUUCGUUUGAAGAGCGCGCUGAUCGAGGUGGUGCUCCCGAAAUUCGCCAAAUGCUCUGGGAAGAGAUCAAGGAAUUUCAAUGCAUUAGGCGGGAAAAGCAAUGA